UUACAGUAGAUUGUAACAUGGGAUCAGGCAUAUCCUGUAAUCCACAACACGAGAGAUCCUCUCCUACAUCAAAACCGGAUGGAGGGAGGGUGGUGAAAAUUAUUCAUUUUAAUGAUGUGUACAACAUUGAGGCGCGAGAUCAGGAACCUGUAGGGGGAGCGGCAAGGUUUGUUCAGAAGAUAUCAGACAUUUUAGCAGAGGAGGAGAUGUUAGUAAUUUUUAGUGGAGAUGCCUUCAACCCCUCCCCAAUGAGCACAAUGUUUAAAGGAGUACAGAUGGUUCCAGUACUUAACGCUUGCAAUAUCGCUGCUGCUGUUUAUGGAAAUCACGACUUUGAUUUUGGCCUGGACGACUUAAUGGAGCUAAAGAGUUCGUGUAACUUUCCUUGGUUGAUGACCAAUGUCAUCGACAAGGAGACAGAUCGCCCCUUAGGGGACGGUAUGGAGUACUUAGUGUUGCAGUACAAAGAUAUCAAGGUGGGAGUAUUGGGACUGGUAGAGUCAGGUUGGAUGGAAACAUUGAGUACGAUUGAGAUGUCGGAGAUAGAGUACCAAGACUAUGUGGAAGCAGCCGAUCAUUAUGGAAGUAUCCUGAAAGAAGAACACGGAGUUGACCUGGUGGUGGCGCUGACUCACAUGAGAUGGAACAAUGACCGGAGACUGGCAGCUUGUGCAAAACACGUGGACCUCAUUUUAGGAGGACAUGACCAUAACUACGGGGUUGAACAGGUAAACAACAGAACGAUUAUCAAGAGUGGCACAGAUUUCAGGGAACUGUCUAAAGUAACUUUAGUAAUCGACUCUGAAAAUAAGGUUAAAACAAUUGUAGAGAAAGUUAUCAUCACUUCGGAGAUUCCUGAGAACGAGAAUAUACAACUGCACGUGGCUGAUUACCAAGAAAAAGUAGGCGCUCAAAUGGAUAAAAUAAUAGGAGAGUUUGGGGUUCCCUUGGAAACAAGAUUUAGUGAAGUCAGGACUAAAGAAACUAAUAUGGGUAAUUUUAUAACCGAUGUUAUGAGAGUUGCAUUGCGAGCAGAUGUGGCCAUACUUAACAGCGGAACGAUGAGAUCAGACUGUAUAUUUCCUCCAGGAAAGUUCCGAAUGAGAGAUUUAUCAGCAAUUCUGCCGAUAAUGGACGAGCUUCUUCUUCUAGAGUGCACAGGGUCCCAGCUGCUGAAGGCUUUAGAGAACGGAGUAUCUAAAUACCCAGAGUUAGAGGGCAGAUUCCCGCAGCUCUCAGGAGUUCAAUUCCAGUUUGAACCUAAGAGAGAACCCGGCAGUAGAAUUCUACAAGAUUCUGUUUACGUUCUGGCUGAGCCCCUCGACCUUCAGAGAAUCUACAAAGUAGCAGUAAAGGAGUACAUUUCACGCGGUAAAGACGGUUAUACUGUAUUUUUAGAGUGUCCCAGAAUUGGAGGUGACGACGACGGGCCAAUUUUAGACACUCUUAUUCUUAACCAUUUUGAGGAAGUUCAGAGGCAAAAAGAGUGCAGAAAGAUCAGAACAGAAGCUCCACAAUUACUGAAAAGGAAAUCAAUACAUCGUCAGAAUUCUCUACUUAUGGACUUCCCGCAUCUUGCAAAUGGUUCGAGUAUACGAAGAUACUCACGCUUAGAACCCCAGUGCUACCUGAAGAAUCACGAAUUAGUUGAGGCUCAGAUCCAAACAUUACGUCCUGUAGUAUGCGGAAGAAUACGAGUUGCUGAAGAGCCGUUACCUAAUGGUAAUAUUACUACUUCUGAUGGUAAUACUACUACGUCAAACACAGAGGAAACACUAACCUGAAAACACAGCUUGUAACUGUCACCAAGAUGUAACUAUGUCGAACGGAAAAAUUAGGUCUCUCGCAUGAAUUAAGUCUCAAGCAGGCACGGCUUUUAAGUGUAUUUACAUGUAUAGCACGCGCCUGCUUGACAGAUGUUACUCGUCUAAAUUUCUUCGAAGUAGCGCGCGCCGCUUUCUUCUCCAAAUAUUAGCCCAAAAUAUUUGCCUCGAAAUAUUGGCCCGAUGGCAAGUGCUACGAAGUAGCGCGCGCCGGGCCAGACCAUUAACAAUGGUCAAGCGCCUGCGUGAGACAUAAUUCCUGCGUGAUACUUAAUUUCCCCGUUCGACCUAGUAACAUCUUGGUGACAGUUAUCUUAUUGUUUUGUAGCGUAGGGUUUUGGUAAAGUCAGUAGAAUGUUAAAGUCAAUAAAAACUAAACAGUAGUGUCACGUGUCAAUAUUUUCACAAUUCAGUUGUUGGCCAAAUUGAGACAAAUUGAGAAGUGGUCGUGAUUUUAAUUUAUUUUAGGGGUUACAGUAAAUAACAUGUGUACAUGUAUAUAAAGAUAUAAUAACAUGUAAAUUAUAACAUGUAAAUAACAUGUAAAUAACAUGUGUACAUGUAAAUAAAAGAGCACAUGUGAAUAAAAGAGCACAUGAGAUAAUUGCAUAAUUUGUAAUUGGAAAUGAGUCAUGAUAUACCGAUUCGAUAUUUUAAACUGUAAAUUAUAUAAAUUGAUUGAAGUGAUUGUAAAUAGGUUUUAUUUUAUACUUUAUUUGUAUUUGUUAGAGUUAGAGACAGUAUAACUUCGACCGACCGUGACCCUCGUUUUGGUUUUGUUUUGCAGUGGGAUUUUAUACUGCAGCCCCGAAAUUGAUUUACUGGUAAAUCAUUAAAUUAUCUAGUUCUAUUCAAUGAACGGAUAAUUUAUCCUUUCCCACGAAAUGAAGCCUGAUUUAAACCAGGGUUUUACUGUAUUAGUUUAUAUCCUAGUUCGUUUUAUUCAAUAAUAAAUUA